CUUUCAGGACGGCCAACUUAUAGGUAUCCUUUGCUCGCAUGGCUGCCUUCAUGUCAUUUCUGAUUUGCAGAAGAACAGGCGAACCAGCAGCUGGGGCAGCUGUUGAGUAAGCCCGGAAGGCCGUUCUAGCGACAAUGGCUGAUCUGAACAUUGGCGAAGACAGGUAUAGGUCGUAUCUGGAAAUGUACUGCCUGUAGAGUUCGAGGACCAGUCUGACCGCUCUACGAAUUCGACGAUACAGGGGGCACCUGCGCACGUGACCGUUACGCCGACAACCCCGGAGUUACAGUGCGAGGCAAUCUUUCAGAGGAUUAUCGAACGAUGGUGACAUCUCGAAGGCUUCCGGAAGGUACUCCUUCGAAACGAUAUCGUUGCAUAUCUUGUUCGUUUCCUGUCGAUUCACUCUUCAUCGAGUACUCCAAAGGAAAUCUUACCUUGACACAGUGUCCUCGGUGCCGGGAGUUUGCAGAUAAAUAUGUGGAGCAUGAUUAUGUUGUCCUCUUCAUCGACAUCAUCCUGAUCAAACCUCAAGUCUAUCGUCAUUUGCUGUUUAACCGCUUUGGUUCAGCAUCCGAUUCAAUUGACCGGAGCAUUGUACGACUCGGUAUCCUGCUCGUUUUGUUCGACGUAUACUUGACUUGGGGUCGACUUGAAAAGCAAACCACAGCUGCGCCGUUACCCUUCACCUCAGAAACGCUGCUUCAGAGACACGUUGUGCCUCAAUAUUUGCGCUUUCUUUUAUUAUGCCUGGUCGAAACCGUUGCAUUUCACCUGACAAUACGAGGGCUGGCGCGGUAUAUGCUGGGCUGGACUAGACCGAACAUGUUGAGCACGGCGCUGUUCAUUUCGAGCAGUAUGAAGCUACUACCGAUACUCAUGGUUAUCUGGUCAUACGAUGUGUUGGCAGCAGCAAGAGCGGUGGGUUGGGCAGUUGUGGUGAACAACAUAGAGGCGCUGACAAUUUUACUUGAAUGCGGUUAUCUGGAAGCAGGUGCCCUGGCCUUCAGUGGAGCUGCUGUUAGGGCUUGUGUUGCAUGGGCCGUCUUAAGGUUUUCCAUGGUAGAUGGGAGCGGUCCUGUUAUAGUGUGGCCACAGGAUUUGCGUGCACUGGGAGAAGGUUUGCUAAAAACUCUGGAGUGGGUUGGUGUUUCAUGAACAAUCUGAUUACAGCGCUGCUUUUCUGGGACACGUAUGGUUCUAAUACACAGAGUACAGUGGU